AUGGAAAGCGGGGCCAUUUCUGAUGCUCAAAUAAGUGCAUCUUCACAUUAUACCAAGAACUUGCGACGUGACUAUUCUGCAAAAAAGGCAAGGCUAAAUUCGAGACAGUGGAGGAAUAGAGGAUGCUGGGCAGCGGCUACAAAUGAUCUUCACCAGUGGCUUCAAGUGGACCUUGGUGGUUACACCAAAGUAACACGUGUUGCGACUCAGGGAAGUGGAUACGGACUCUCAGAAUGGAUGACAAAGUUUAAGAUCCGGUAUAGCACUGACGGAGUCAUAUGGCAAUUUAACAAAGAACCUGGUAAUGCG